AAAUUCAAAUUUUUGUUUGUUUAAAAAAGAUGAAUUAAAAUGGGACGGAUUCUAAAUCUUUCCUUGUGUUUUCUUUCUGUGGUGGCAGUCACAGCAGAGAUUAUUGACAAUCUAUCUGAUAAUCCUAAUUCCAAUCUGAUAGGCGAGGUUGCGAAUAUCCCGCAAAGGUUCAAUGCAAAAUAUUCUGGAGAGAAAGAUAGGAAGAGUCUUGAAGAAUCGGAUUCAAGCACUACAAGCACUUCAAUCAAGGAAGUGUCCGAGUCCGAUUUAGUAAACAGUAUUUAUUCAAUCCUCAUGUCGAUGAGAAACCAAACCAAUUUUUCCGAUAUCAUUAGUCCUGAGCUUGCACAACCCUUGGUAUUGCCAUCGAUACCAUCAAACAACCUGGUUAGGACCAAAACAGCUCAGAGCUGGAAACCAAGACCAAGGCCUGUAAAGAAACCAACCAAAGAGAAAAAAGUAAAAAACAAGAAAACUAAACCAAAAAGUAAAAAAGGAAAAAAUGAGAAAGAGAAAAAGAAAGAAAAAGAUGAAAGAAGAGACCAGCGAAAGGAGAAAAGAAAAGAAGGACGGGAAAAAAAUGACAAGGAUAAUAAACAAGACCGAGAAAGGAAACGUAAAUCUUUAAGACAAACCCUUCACAAAGUUAAAGGAAAUGCGGGGAAAAAACCUGAAAAAUCUACGGAUUUGAAAAAUCUAGUUAAAACCAUAAUCAAAUCCAAACACGGGAAGCACGAAAAGAAAUCUGGGACAAGGAAAGAAAAGAAAGGAAAAGAUAAGGAGAAUAAGAAUGAUAACAAACUUAAGAAGGGCGGAAAAGGAAAAAAGAAAAAGAUCAGAAGUAAAAGAGAAGUUUUCCACAACAAACGGAAGAAUGGUAAAAAAGGAAAAAUUGAGGAAGAAAGUGAAAAAGAAAGCAUUUCAGAGGAGCUUGAUGAAUUUGAUGAUGGAUCAAGUUCAAAGUCUAUGGUCCGAUCCAAUCGCAAAAAAUUAGAAACAAAACAUUUUUCAAGAGAUGGUCCUAAAUCUGCGGAGAAGAAAAGUAAGAAAAAGGGAUCUAAAAGUAAAAACAAACAAAAAUCUGUCAAAAGACCAAAAAAGAAAGGAAAAGGAGGGGGUAAAAGCGACAAAGUAAAACUAAAGGAAAAAGAGGAACGGAUGGGCAAUCGAAAAAUGACCAGAAAAGAAGACACUGUUAAAAAGGAGGAAAAAAUAAGCAGAAGACGGGAAAAUAGAAAACUGGAUGGUGCUAAAAAAGAAGAAAAAAUUAACAAUCGAAAGCAAUUAAGAAAAGGUGGAAGAGAAGGCACUGACUCUGAAAAUCGACUUGACCGGCAGGAUAAACGGAGAAGUUUACGCCAAGAUUUACAAGAAGUAAAACAAUCAAAAGGAGAGACAAAGACAAAAAAUAACAAGAAUGUGAAAACUCUUCUGAAAACUAUGCUGGAAUCCAGCCAACGAUCAGACAAAAAGGUCAGAAAGCAUGAUGGGAAAUCAAAAAAUGAUUAUGGUCUGUCCUUAUUGGGGAGAAAUAAAAGGAAUAAAAAGAAAGAGAAAGAAACAAGAAAGGAAAAAAGAGAUAAAGUUAGAAAGGUUCGCUCAAAAAGGGAUGUAUACUUUCAAAGUUCAAUUGAAAAAGAAGAAAAAUCUACUUUGGACGAAGAAAAAGAAUCAAAUGAAAUCAACAGAAAAUCCCUGCGUUUAAAACCAACUGGAAGAAAAUUAUCAAAACCUUUUCAAUCAUCAAAAGCCCGACCAAAACAUCAAAAACAGUCAAAUAAGGAUUCCAAACAUGGCAAAAAAAGAAAAGAAAAGAAAGGAACUGAUGAAAAAUAUGAAAGGAUAAAUGAACGAAAGGAAGCAAGGCAAGAAGGUAGAGGAGGAACCAAUCUUGAAAAAAGAAACGAUCGUAAAGAAAAGCGCCAAUCACUUCGUCAAAAUUUUCAUGGUACUAAAAAUGAAUCAGUAAGAAGAAAAAAGUAUGAUAAAAAAAAUAUAUUUAUAACUAUGAGUAAACUUAAACAUAGGCCAAACAAGCAUGACUUAAAAGAAAGUAAUAGAAGGGGUAAAAAGCAUGGCAUGAGAGGCGAGGAGCAUAACAAAUUGGUGAAAGGAAAAAGGAGAAAGACAAGGACCAAGAGAGGAGUUUAUGACAUAUACAUGAUAACAGAACCAAAUACAGCACCAGAUACAGCACCAGCUAUAGAUACAGCACCAGAGAUAGCACCAGCUGUAGAUACAGCAUCAGAGAUAGCACCUGCUAUAAUUACAGGACCAAGGAUAGCAUCAGCUGUAAAUACAGAACCAAAAAUAGCCCCAGCUGUAGAUACAAAUGAGAUUGAUGGAGAUCCUGAAGAAGUUGGGGAUGGAAGAUCAAAUGUAAUAAAAGUUCUUGACAUCGGGCACUUGGCAGAUACUCAGAGAAACGAUAUUAUUCUCCCCCAAAUAGAUUUGGCGGGAGUUGUGACGACAAUAGGGGCUGCAAUACUUUUGGCUUUCUGGAUAACCAUAGCUGUGUAUUUUGCAGUGGGAUUCCAGAGACGAGUGGAAGAUGACUACUUUGCUGAAAAGUAUGGAUAUCAUAAUUUUCAAGGACAGUUUCCAGGAAAUAAUAGAAAUAAUUUUGGGGAAAGAGUUUCAAGAGUUAUUGACAAUAUUUCACCAGACUCAUUUCAAUUCUUAGUUAAUUCAAUAAACAGUUUGGACCCUCGCCCAUCAAUUGCAAGGAUGGGCACAGGGGCUGUAGAGAGUGUUGGCGGUUUAUUAUCAUCCACUCUUGUACAAGGAGCAGGUGUACUGUCCCAGGUGACAGAUACUUUGUCCGGUGUACCUGAUGUAGUAUCUGGAGGCGUUGAUAGAGUCUCAAAAACUGUUGGGGAUUCAAAUUUCCAGGACUGCCUGCUACAAUCUGUGUGUUACCUAUCUGCCCCUGAAACCGACUAUAUCGAGAAUAAACUUAGGUUUAAAAGGAUGCUUGACGCGGCAGGAAUUUCCUCUAAGUUUGAGGGCAGGAAACUCGACAACAAGAAGACUGGGAGCAAAGAGGAGAGAAGAAAAAUAAAAGAGGAGAAGAGAAAGAAGAAAGAGGAGAAAAGGAAAAAGAAGAAGAAAGAAGAAGAGGAGAAGAAGAAAGAGGAGGAGGAUGACGAAUAUGAAUAUGAAGACUAUUAUGAUGAGUAUGAGGAUGAGGAUGAGGUUGAGGAUGAGGAUAAGGAUAAUGCUAAUAAUAAUAAUGAGAAGGAUGAGAAGGAUGAGAAGAAGAAGGAUGAAAAGAAGGACGAAGAUGAAGUAUCUGAACUGAAAGUUGAUGAUUGCGAUGUGUUUAACUGCUCUGCUGCACGUAUCGGGCACAGUCUCUUAAGCCUAUACCAGAGAAUCAAUGCUAUUAGGUCAAGUCGGAUCAGCAAUGAUGUGAGCAAAGACGACAAUAAAAUUUAAACAAUAAAAUCCGGGAAAACAUUAAAAAUUGCGGAUUUUUUCCAGUAGUGGCCAUUACAAUUUACAUUAAACUAUAUAAACAAGUGAAAACUGAGGAGCUAGAGACUCAUAAACAAUAUGAUAAUGACAAUUUUUGUGAAAACAAAUACUGUUUAAUACUCAAAGUAUCUAUUAAAUGCUCUGACAAAAAUAACUUCUUGAUUUGAAGUUUAAUAGACAAAAACAAAACUAAUUGGGCAGAGUGCAGUACUUACAUUUGACACUUUUUCAUAAUUCUGUCACAUAUAUACAUGUAGAUAUUUAUUUUGUCAUUUGUUUUUAAAUUAUGCAUGUUUCUUUUAUACUUUGUUACUUUGUGACCUGAUAUUAUUAUAGUAGAUAUAAAAUAAAUUUAAGCAACGUA